AUGAAGCGCACGGUGUCCUUCUACUGACUAAUGUCUCCAUCAAAACAAAUGAAGCUCACUGAACCGUUUUGACAGGGGAGAGAGUACCGCCAAAAGGCGCAACAAGAUGGUGCCAACUCGGACGCACAAUCUUUGAUAUCGGAAGGCCCCUCGGAGCCUGACCUCAACCCAGACACUCUAGGGGACAAACCGGUAAUCAAUAAAGGCAUCUAUAAGGUUAUCCAAGACCUGCGAUCCACAAUUCAUAAGGAUUUCCAGCAGAUUACUUCCUCCAUCCACAAAGACCAUGCAGAUCUGGGGGAGAGGACAAACCACCUCGAACAUAAAACAGAGGAAUUGUGCACUGCGCACAAUGAUGUGGCUGAUAGGAUCCAGAGACUAGAAGAGGAACACGUCAUGAUGAAAAACAAUGUGCGCUUUCGUGGCAUUGCAGACUCCAUCACCGCAGACCAACUCCUGGCCUACAUUAGCACAAUGUGCCAGGUGCUUGUACUAGAGCUUCAGGAUACAGAGUACAUC